CUUUCGCCUUUAUAACAUGGCCCAGUGCCUCUUGUUCUUUUAGUCUCCCUUUAUAGUUAGCAGAAGACGGGUUUCCUUGUACAUUUUUUGGGUACUGAUUAUUGACCGCCGGUUUAUAUAAUACUGUUGCUUGAGUUUUGUUAAAUUGUGGGUUUUGGUAUUCGCGAGUUACGCCGGGAAAUGACAGUGUUGUGUGCUGUCAUCUCAAAUUCAUAUCAGGAAUUGCAGUGACAGGCCUUAAAAAUAGUGGGGACGUGUACUGGCUCGUUAUCAGUGUGAAAGUUGUCCUGGGUAUUAAGAAUUUCAUCUUCCGCUAAACAUCUCCUUUAGGCCAGCCAUUCUCCAAUAUGAGUGAUUUGAUAGAUGCAACACCCAUUGAUGCUCAGUCAGAGACUGAAUUUCUAAAGGUGACAGAUAACCAGGAUGGCACAGAGCGUUGUAUUGCAUACAAGAAGUCAUCAGGGCAAAAUAGUCCAGGCAUUCUCUUUAUUGCUGGCUUCAUGUCCUCUAAAGAUGCCAAUAAACCCACUGCGCUCCAUAGCUUUUGUCAGAAACAAGGAAUUCCUUUUGUAAGGUAUGAUACGAAGAGAAAUUGAAUAUUAUUCUUUAUU